AAGUAGUACAUAUAUCAAGCAUACACAAGAAGGAUUUAUUGAAGGCCAACCAUGGCGUCUCUUAGAGCCACCACACUCCUUGUGUUGAUGCAAAUUAUUAUGGUGUUUUACACCGUCAUCUUAAGCUGCUCGUUUUCUGAUGCCCGAACUUUCCCAGGCGGAGAAGGUGGGUUAGACCCAAAUCAUCCAGUAUGCGUUGGCGGCGCGUGUCCAACACCAGGUCUACCAUACACUAAUCCACGUGAUCCUUGCAUAUACCGUAACAGGUGCAAUCCACCAGGACGGAUGGGUGAUCCAUAAGUAAUUUUCAUCAUCAAUAUUUAUCGUUGUGAUCCAGUAUACGUCCACAUCGUCCACAUGACAAUAGUGUGUGUUUGUGUAUGUUAUACUAGUAUUCACUAGCUGCUCACACUGCAUGAGAGCUAGUUAAUUAAGAGAAUGUCUAUGUAUGACAAAUAAUGUACUGUGGUACUAUAUAUGUAUCCCCCUGUCUCGGCAAUAUAUGGAUUAAUAAGACAUGUGUACUCUGGAUCUGAUUAGUGUAAUAGUGUUCAUGUUUGCAAGCCAAUUGCAUCCACAUUCGCUGAACCACAAUCAAUUACAGAGGGGUUCACAAAAGAAGAACAAUACUCCCAACUAUAUGAUCUGAAAAUGAACAGGGAGUUUGACGAGCAGCCUGUUCAAAUCGAUCCUCUGUUCCAAACAGACAAGAUCUUAAGAAGCACUGGUACUACUGAAUACUACACUAGUUCAUGUGAGCUUCAUGUCGAUUCUAUAAAUCGGCAAUAAUAAAAAAGAUAAACGCACAAGAUCUAAAGUGAAUGAGCAAGGGGAUAAAAGUUUAGACGAGCUCAUGCCUUCUCGAUUAGAAGCUCUCAAAAAAAAUACUUGUUGCUCAUGCAACCAUGUAUGAGGAUAUCUGUUAAUUACUGUCAUAUAGCCCCUGGAUAAAAGCACAAGUCUUCCAACACGGAUCAUAUAAAAUUUAGUGAUUACAGUGACAAUGCUAGUGAGAAGCUCUUCUGCCAGCACAUCUAAUUACUUUAAUUUACUUGAUCUUAGGUGAAUAUCUGUAAUGGAAGGUACCAGCUGCAUUAGUAAAAUUUAUAGAAAACAUUAGUGGCAUGUUAUUGCAGAAACUAUGAAUAUAAUGCCAGUCAUAAACUAAUUGUUCCGGAUUCAUGCAUUUCUACUUCUAGAUCCACAAGAAGCAAAACAUCCAUAAAAGCUCGAAGAUGCAGCACUAGGGAGCAUACUAUUUUGCUAAGAAAAGUUAUAAGAAAAGGCAGAUAAAAAAUGGCACAAACUUUAUAGAGCUAACUCUUCAGCUUCAGAUUAAAAAAAUGACAGCACCAAUUGGUUGUCUAAUUUCAUUACAGUGGGCAUAGUUGGCUAACACAAAAUUGUUAUAUCACAUGGAAUUUAGCUGAUGCCAUGUAGUACAGACGAAAAUCUACAUGCAUAUGUAAUACUAUAUACUGCCACAAUAAGUGGUUAAUAUUGUCAAAUUUCAUCCACAAGCAUAUAUAGUACAUGACAACAAUUAGCCACCUUCUUAAAACAAAGUAAGAUUGUCAUAUCCAAAGCGUAUCAGCAUUCAGCAAUGGACAGUUUCAGCAAUAUCUUUUGUAAGUUUUAAAGCUACAAACAAGGGGUUGAUAAUCAUGAGGUGUGAGACCUGAAGAAGAUUCAGACUUAAAGUUCAGAGUUAAGAGAUAGCUGGAAUAGAUUCAACGGUCGAGAUUGCGAGAUACCGAUUCGCGAGAAAGUUAUGAAGAUCGUGUGGCCCAGUUUCGCCGCGACGAGCUACAGAGGGGAAGAAUUGCCGUACUGUGGACGUCAUCGUCGUUGUCGUUUAGCUAUGGGCGUACUCAAUAUAAGCCCGAGCUUUUGGCUGUAACUCUUUAUCGAACUUGAACCCUAAUCUAAUUUCCCCUCUUGUUCUUGCGGCGCACACAAAUAUCUCUUUCAAUUCUAGUAAAUUUCAGCAUUCCAUUUUUCAUUUCUGCUGUGUUAGGAUUCCCAUUAGUUAGCUACUAGCCAUAUUUGAAUUUUCCCCAAAUUUGUCUGAACCAAAAUCGUUGGAUCCUGACAAAAGGUAUCAGAGCUCAGAUCUGAUGGGAGUACUCCGGAUCUGAUAGUCCAGGCUAGUGAGGGUUGGGAAAUUCAUUUUCCUGGUAAAAUUCCUAAGCGAGGCCGAGGAAUCAGGUCGGAGGAGCACAAAUUCGGCAGAGCAGUGAGGGUUUGGGGACUAACUAGUCGUUCCCCUGUAAAAUUCCCAGAUCUGUGUUUGCAACCAUGCCUAGAGGGCCCCGAGUGGAGGAUCCAGUACUGGAGGAGGUACAGCCAUGGGAGACAGCGGUGGAUGAGCUUAGGCUAAGCAUGAUGGAUUUGCAAAGGAAGGUGGAAGAAGACCACAAGCUGGUCCAGGAGCAGCUUCAGAACCAGGCGGUUCAGGCUCAGGUAUACAAGGAUGAGGUUAUGCAAAACUUGUUGUCAAUUCAACAGAUGUUAGGUGGGACAACUAGUUGCAUGGGGCAGGAAAUCAAGGGCACACCGAAAACACCUGGCUUUGCACAAUCUGUCGUAGGAGGGGGAAAAGCAGUGGACACUAAUGCAGCAAGUACCAGCAGACAUCCUCUUUUCGAUUAUAGAAACCUUAGUUGCCCAAUGACCACCCAAGCCAUAGAAACCACAGACCUACCACCAACUGUUUUUACUCCCAAACCUGUCUCCACCCCUCCAUCUGAAUGGAAUACCUCGGUUUACUUCACUACACCAACAGUUCCACCACCAAUUCCACCAGUACCACCACCUCCACCUAACCAAAACAAUUUACCUCAAAACCAAAAUUACAAUCCUUACAAUAUGAACUACCAGUAUACACCAUUCUAUUACCCUCCCUACCCUCCCUAUAACACACCUUGGAACCUUCCACAGUACAACUACCCACCACCAUCCCAUACACCACCUAACCAACCGUUUCUUCCCCAAAAUUGGGAUCGUCGAUUUGGGCCCUACCACGAUCCUAAUGGCCGAGAAAGAACCCAGUAUGCUGAGAAUGCUCAUAGACGAUCAAAGCAUGUUGAUUUCCCCAUUUUCGAUGGUGAAUGCCCUGAAUCUUGGAUAAGGAAGGCUGAAAAGUAUUUUGCUUUGAAUCAAACUCCUGAAGAAGAAAAAGUCCUAGUGGCUGAAAUCUAUAUCACAGGUCGUGCUGAUCAGUGGAUCUCGAGUUCUGAUGUUCUCACUGAACAACUAACUUGGCCUGAAUUUAAGUCCAUGAUUUGCCAACGCUUUGCUGCUAAGUCCAACAUUGAAGUCAUUGAUACUUUUCGAAAUCUGAAACAGUAUGGUUCUGUUGAUGUUUAUAUCGACAAAUUUGAAGAAGUUAUGGCUCUAGUGAAACGAAAUAGGCCCAACCUAACUGAGCAGUACUUUUUGGAUUACUUUAUCUCUGGCCUUAAGGAUCAUAUCAAAAGACCACUGAAAUCUUUACACAUUCAGUCCUUGGUUGAUGCUUAUGAACAUGCAAGAAAUUAUGAUGUGCCUCCUCGAAGCAGUCCCACUGUGGCAGUAUCUCAGAGUAAGGAGAUGCCUAAAUUACCGGUUAAACCGGCAUUGAAGGAUGACAAGCCAUCACCUUUUACAGCACCAAAGUCGUUUGGCAGAUGCUUCAAGUGCCAAGAGCCUUGGGUACCUGGACAUGGUCGAGUUUGUAAGGCCACUAAACAAAUUUAUUUGGUAACCUUAGAUGAUGAUGGAGAAGAAAUGCCUGAUAAUGCUGCGGCCCAGUUUACUACACCACCAGGUAGUCCUGCUCAUGAGGCUACUACCCAUACAGACUUGUCUUUGCAUGCUCUCGAGGGAACCAAUUCUGUUGCUACAACUUUUACUAUCCAUGUGUGCAUUGGGAAGAUGUCUGCUACUGCUUUGAUUGAUAGUGGCAGCACCUCAACUUUCAUUUCUCCCAAAUUUGUCAGUAAGGCUGGCUUGGAGAUUGUUAACAAUGACCCUAUUCCUGUUAAGGUAGCAAAUGGAGGCACUUUAUAUACUGGUGCUAGGUGUGUUGAUGUACCUUAUAUGAUUCAGCAGCACCAAUUCAUAUCUACAUUCAGACUUCUUAAUCUGAAAGGCUAUGAUAUCGUCCUUGGGUGCGAUUGGAUUUAUCACCAUAGUCCAUUGACACUCAACCUGAAGACCAGGGAAUUAACCAUUCAUAAAGAUGGACUGCUGGAAUUGACAUUACCUGACAUCAGUGUGUCACCAUCUAAUUUUAUGAUUUCUGCCCCUACAAUGGAGAAACUCCUAACUCAAGAUGUGGUGGGAGCUGUCUUGUACUGUCACUCCAUUCAUUGCUCUGCCUUGACUGAGAUACCCACCCCUCCUCUGUUGGCUCCAGUUUUAGCAUAGUUUGCUGAUGUUUUUGCAGAACCAGUGGCACU